AUGAGUACAAAAAACAGCCCAAAAGAGCAAAUUCGGUCAUUUACGCUGAGUAUACCCUCAGUCCUAAACACAAAACCACAAAAUGAAAUAAUUACACAAGUUCCUCGGUCCAUUGAGUUUCCUAUGCGAAAAAUGUCAGAGACUACAAGUCUGCCUUCCAUUAUAACUGCCAGAAAAAGGAUUGAAAGUUUUGAUGUAUCCUCAGUGCUUUUGUAUGAAGGGCAAGCAUUUAAACGAAGCAAUUCUUUGAAAAAUGUUGUUCCUAAUAAAGUCUUGGACUUUUUACCAUAUAUCUAUGCACAAAAUGGGUAUGAGAAAACAAGGGAAAUGUACACAAUGUAUUUUGGUAGAGGAUAUGAAAAUUCUUUGCCUUUGCAAAGGAAGGUAUCGAGCUUAAAUAUUUUAGGGGAGCUAAGAGAAAGUCGUGCAAAAAUGAGGCCAAGUAAAGAAGAUCUCACACACAAAAAUAGGUCGUUUGAUUCUGUAUAG